AUGUCAUCUCAACUAGCUGGAUUGCGUGACAAUUCCAACCUUAUGGGUGAAAAGAACAAGUUGCUUGUUGCUAACCGUGGUGAAAUUCCGAUCAGAAUCUUCAGAACAGCUCAUGAACUUUCUAUGAAGACUGUGGCGAUUUACUCGCACGAGGAUAGAUUGUCCAUGCACAGGUUAAAGGCCGAUGAAGCUUACGUUAUCGGUGAACAAGGUAAAUAUACUCCAGUUGGUGCUUACUUGGCGAUUGAUGAAAUUAUCAACAUUGCCAAGUCCCAUGGUGUGAACUUUAUCCAUCCUGGUUACGGGUUCCUAUCAGAAAACUCUGAAUUCGCUGAAAAAGUUGCAGCUUCUGGUAUCACUUGGGUUGGUCCUCCAGCUGCUGUUAUCGAUUCCGUUGGUGACAAAGUUUCAGCCAGAAACUUGGCUGAAAAGGCUAACGUUCCAGUGGUUCCAGGUACUCCAGGUCCAAUUGAGACUGUCGAAGAAGCACAGGCCUUCGUUGAUAAAUACGGAUUCCCAGUCAUCAUUAAGGCCGCCUUUGGUGGUGGUGGUCGUGGUAUGAGAGUUGUCCGUGAAGGUGAUGAUAUCAGUGACGCUUUCCAACGUGCCAAAUCUGAAGCUAUCACUGCUUUUGGUAACGGUACUUGUUUCAUUGAAAGAUUCUUGGACAAGCCAAAGCAUAUCGAAGUUCAAUUGUUGGCUGAUAACUACGGUAACGUUGUUCAUCUGUUCGAAAGAGAUUGUUCCGUUCAAAGAAGACAUCAAAAGGUUGUCGAAGUUGCCCCAGCCAAAACUCUACCUGAAGAAGUGCGUGACGCUAUCUUAACUGAUGCGGUCAAAUUAGCUAAGGAAGCUGGUUACAGAAACGCUGGUACCGCUGAAUUCUUAGUCGAUAACCAAAACAGACAUUACUUUAUCGAAAUUAACCCAAGAAUUCAAGUCGAACAUACAAUUACCGAAGAAAUCACCGGUAUCGAUAUCGUCGCUGCUCAAAUCCAAAUCGCUGCAGGUGCCACUUUGGAACAAUUGGGUUUGAUGCAAGAUAAGAUUACAACUCGUGGUUUCGCCAUCCAGUGUCGUAUCACCACUGAAGAUCCUUCCAAAAACUUCCAACCUGAUACAGGUCGUAUCGACGUUUACCGUUCUGCUGGUGGUAACGGUGUCAGAUUAGAUGGUGGUAACGCCUUCGCCGGGUCUGUUAUCUCCCCUCAUUACGACUCUAUGUUGGUUAAGUGUUCUUGUUCAGGUUCUACUUACGAAAUCGUUCGUCGUAAGAUGUUACGUGCCUUGAUUGAAUUUAGAAUUAGAGGAGUUAAGACUAACAUUCCAUUCUUGUUGACUCUAUUAACUCAUCCAGUCUUCAAGUCUGGUGAAUACUGGACCACUUUCAUCGAUGAUACCCCACAAUUGUUCGAAAUGGUCUCCUCCCAAAACAGAGCUCAAAAACUAUUGCACUACUUAGCUGACUUGGCCGUUAACGGUUCUUCAAUUAAGGGUCAAAUUGGCUUACCAAAAUUGACCACUCAUCCAACCAUCCCACAUUUGCACAAUGAAGAUGGUUCCCUUGUGGACGUUUCUGCUAAGCCACCUGCUGGAUGGAGAGAUGUUCUAUUAGAUUACGGUCCAGAAGAAUUUGCCAAGCAAGUUAGAAAAUUCAACGGUACUUUGUUGAUGGAUACCACCUGGAGAGAUGCGCAUCAAUCUUUAUUGGCUACCAGAGUUCGUACCUACGAUUUGGCUGCCAUCGCACCAACUACUGCUCAUGCUAUGAGUGGAGCAUUUGCCUUAGAAUGUUGGGGUGGUGCCACCUUCGAUGUCUCUAUGAGAUUCUUGCACGAAGAUCCAUGGGAACGCCUGAGAACUCUAAGAAAGUUGGUUCCAAACAUUCCAUUCCAAAUGUUGUUACGUGGUGCUAACGGUGUUGCUUACUCUUCUCUACCAGAUAACGCUAUUGACCACUUCGUCAAGCAAGCUAAGGACAAUGGUGUUGAUAUUUUCAGAGUUUUCGAUGCUCUAAACGAUUUAGAACAAUUGAAAGUUGGUGUCGACGCUGUCAAGAAGGCUGGUGGUGUUGUUGAAGCUACCAUCUGUUACUCUGGUGACAUGUUGGCCCCAGGCAAAAAGUACAACUUGGAUUAUUACUUAGACAUUACCGAAAAGAUUGUCAACAGUGGUACUCACAUUUUAGGUAUCAAGGAUAUGGCUGGUACUUUGAAGCCUUCUGCUGCCAGGUUAUUGAUUGGUUCGAUCAGAGCUAAGUACCCUGAAUUGCCAAUCCACGUUCACACUCACGAUUCAGCUGGUACUGGUGUUGCCUCUAUGGCUGCUUGCGCUCUCUCCGGUGCAGAUGUUGUUGACGUCGCUACCAACUCCAUGUCUGGUUUGACUUCUCAACCAUCUAUUAACGCUUUGCUAGCUGCUUUGGACGGCGAAAUCGACAACAACGUCAACGUUGGUUACGUUCGUGAAUUAGAUGCCUACUGGGCUGAGAUGAGAUUGCUAUACUCUUGUUUCGAAGCUGAUUUGAAGGGUCCUGAUCCAGAAGUUUACGUCCACGAAAUUCCAGGUGGCCAAUUGACCAACUUGUUAUUCCAAGCCCAACAAUUGGGUCUAGGUGAAAAAUGGGCAGAAACUAAGAGAGCUUAUCGCGAGGCUAACCUGUUGUUAGGAGAUUUGGUUAAGGUUACUCCAACCUCCAAAGUUGUUGGUGAUUUGGCCCAAUUUAUGGUUUCAAACAAGUUGACCUCUGAUGACGUCAGAAGAUUGGCUUCUUCUCUUGACUUCCCAGACUCCGUUAUGGACUUCUUCGAAGGUUUAAUCGGUCAACCAUACGGUGGUUUCCCAGAACCAUUGAGAACUGAUGUUUUGAGGAACAAGAGAAGAAAGUUGACUCAAAGACCAGGUUUGGAAUUGGCUCCAUUCGAAUUGGAAAAGAUUAAGGAAGACUUAUCAACCAGAUUCAGUGACAUCGAUGAAUGUGAUGUUGCCUCCUACAACAUGUAUCCAAAGGUCUACGAAGACUUCCGCAAAAUCAAGGAAAAGUAUGGUGAUCUAUCAGUGUUGCCUACCAAGAACUUCUUAUCCCCUCCAGUUAUUGGUGAAGAAAUUGUCGUUACCAUCGAACAAGGUAAGACUUUGAUCAUUAAGCCACAAGCUAUUGGUGAUUUGAACAAGGAAACCGGUAUCAGAGAAGUUUACUUCGAAUUGAACGGUGAAUUGAGAAAGGUCUCUGUUGCUGACAGAUCCCAAAAGGUUGAAUCUGUCUCCAAGCCAAAGGCUGACGCCCAUGAUCCAUUCCAAAUCGGUUCCCCAAUGGCUGGUGUUGUCGUUGAAGUCAAGGUCCACAAGGGUUCAUUGAUUGCUAAAGGUCAACCAGUCGCUGUCUUGAGUGCCAUGAAGAUGGAAAUGGUUAUCUCAUCCCCAGCAGACGGCCAAGUCAAGGAGGUUCUUGUCAAGGAUGGUGAGAAUGUUGACGCUUCCGACUUGCUUGUUGUUUUGGAAGAAGCUCCAGCUAAGGAAUAG